UAAAACGUCAUCAUUUAAAUGUCAAAGGUGCAGAAGUGUCAACAAGACGCCAAACUUUGUAGCGUGAUUUGAAUUUAAAUGAAAAUGGCAACAUUACCGCCGCGAAGAAAUCCGACUCCUACAAAAAUCUCCAAGCAGCAUUUGAGUCCGUUGCAAAUACUUCUACAGAUGGGAUUUCCCAAACACAGAGCUGAAAAAGCAUUGGCUGCUACUGGGAACAGGGGAGUGCAGCUGGCUUCAGACUGGUUAUUGGCUCAUGUGAAUGAUCCCUUGCUUGAUGAUAACUCUCCAAGGGAAUAUAUUUUGUAUGCUUGUCCUACAGGGCCUUUUCUCGAAGAGUUGCAGAAUUACUGGGAGAAGUCGCACAGGGAGUGCGCGUGGAAUGGGGCCCACAAUUUCACUCCACAUAUUACUUUAGUUUCAUUCUUUAAAGCUCCAGAUGAGGAUGCACCUCAUUUGGCUCAGAGUUUAAAGGCUGUUAUGGAAAGACAGGGAGCCAUGUUGAAUGAGCCUUUGAAACUGGAAACUUAUAUAUCUCCCAAUUUUAUGGGGUUUUUUGUAGCUGAGGAGCAUGCUGAUUAUUUGAAGAGAAUUGCUAUGCAAUAUGUUAAAGAGGUCUCAAAUGCUAUUAUUAGUGACACAUAUGAACAUUUCGAUGCUCUAACAGCCUGUUUUCCCUGGUGUACCACUACAACUGCUCGUUGCAUUCCUCGGGGAAGUAGAUCAGUGCACAACUGCGACUUCUUCGCUCAAAACUAUCCGUGGAUUGAGAUGCUCAUGAUUUCACCCAUUAGUCUCGAACCUCACGUAAAAUCGCUUCAUCUAACAUUGGCAUACCAGUUCCCGGGUACCCACUACUCCCACCUGAAGGCCCUGGUGGAUGAACUGGACCCGACCGACUCUUCCAGCUGGGAAUUAAGACUGUAUUCGCGCGACCCACGCGUCAACGGCAAACAAGUCCACAAAGUAAUCCAUCCGUAUUUACCCACCGAGUGUGAUGAACUGGACCUUCGCACCGGUGAUUACGUUUACAUCAGCACUGAGGCACUGGUGAAUUCGCCAGACGGGUGGGUCGAAGGCACCUCUUGGCUUACAGGACUGACGGGGCUUCUGCCGGAGAGUUACACAGAAAGGACGGCGGAGUCGGACGCCUGGACGCUGCACAAGAAGGUACCUCUGAAUCAUAUCACCCAAGGACAGCAGAAAAAGACUGAGAUGGAGGAGGAUAAAGCGGCUGGGAAAGAAGGGGUUGAUGCGACCAAUGGGGAUGAACCUUGUACUCUUCCGGCACUGCCGAAGCAUGAGAUCCUGUACGAGAAUGUUUACAGGAACGGGCCUCAGACUCAAGACAAAAAAUCACGCAAGCUCUUCCUGAUGCGUCAUGGCGAACGCAUCGACUUCACUUUCGGCGUCUGGAUCCCGUACUCCUUCGACGAAACCGGCAAAUACAUCCGAAAAGACUUAAACAUGCCGGAGACUUUACCGGACCGUACCACCGGCCCCGCCGCCUACGCUAAGGACACCCCCCUUACCAAAGUGGGCGUCUUCCAAGCCCGAACCGUGGGCGAAGCCCUCCGAGAGUCCCAGCUCGACAUCACUUACGCUUAUUGCUCGCCCUCCUUCCGCUGCAUCCAGACCUGCGACGCCUUCCUCAAAGGGUGCAAUAAGCGCGACGAGGUGCAAAUCAGAGUCGAGCCGGGGUUGUUCGAGUGGUCGGUGUGGUACCCGGACGGUCUGCCCGAUUGGAUGACCGCCGAGGAGUUGGUGGCGGCUGGGUUCAACAUAGACGUGGACUACCAGCCGUUCAUCACCGAGGCGGAGAUGAAGGAGUCCAAGGAGACUUGCGAGCAGUUUUAUCUGCGCAGCACGUUCGUUACUAGGGGGGCGCUGAACGCGAAUCCUAGCGGGAACGUGUUGCUGGUGGGGCAUGCCGCGACUCUGGAUGUGUGUUCGAGGGAGCUGGUCGGGAAGAAGCCGAGGGUGGCGAACGAUAUGAUGAAGAUUAUUCAGAAGGUGCCGUAUUGCGGGUUGCUGCAGCUGGCGCAGGAUGGGGAUAAGUGGGAGAUUGAGCAGUUGCCUUUCCCGCCGAUUACUCAUACGACUAACCAUAGGUUUGAUUAUAAGAUACUGUUGAAUUGAAAUGGUGCCCUCCAAUAGUAUAUCAGUAAUGAUCGUUGACUUACCAAAGAACGCUGGCAUAUUUUAUUUUUGCUAUCAUUCUGUUGCAUAGAAUCAGUACAAUAAUAAAGCAUUACCUGUUGUGUGAAUUCAAUAAAGAAUAAAGACUUAUUUCUUAGUAAA